AUGAGCGAUACGACUGCACAAAGCGCUCAGGGUGCCUUUUCAAUUGAGAGCAGCACACCUACGGGACGAAGCAUUGCGAACGGCAUUCUAACAAAGAACAUCACCUCUAGAGUCAAGGGCGACCCUUCAAUCGAUUUAUCACAGUUUCUUCAACAGCAGGCGGAAUUAUACCCACAACUCUGUAAAAAUCUUUCUCAACGGAGGGAUAGCAACUCUUCUUCCAGCUCGACCAGCUCGCAGACCGAUGAGAAAGACCAGGGUUCCGUGUCGGCGACCAAGGCGGCAUCACAGUUUCAGCUUACCAACAACAUCAACAUCAUCUAUUCCCUUGACGACAGCAUUGUUGUCCUCGCAGGCGCGCGGCAAACUCCCACAGAACCUGAAAGUGAAUACCUUGCUGCCUUGGCGUCUGGGUUAAACCAGGCAAUCAAUGACAGCCAAACGUUAUGGCGCCUACACAACACUGCUGUGCUGCAAAUCAGCCCAUCACAAGUUGUCAAGGUCAGCACAUCCCUUGACCACGAUAGUAUUACCAACCUGCAGUACAUCAGAAAGCAUGUGCAGGAGGUCCCAACGCCAUAUUGUCUCGGUGCCUUGCAAUGCGGGCCAUGGAAAUACGCAUUCAUGACUCGAGCAGAGGGCGAGACUCUCGAGACAGUCUGGCCGCGCUUGCUCACUUCACACAAAAGAUCUAUUCAGCAGCAACUCAACAUGAUAUUCCAACAACUUCGCUCAAGAGGCCGCGGCCUUGAUAAAAACAAGUCUACUCCGCAGCGCAUAGGUAGCUUUGUAUCAGGAAGAUGCAAGGACAUGCGCCGGGAUUCAAGGGAAGCAGAAAUGCCAAUCCAAAAGGAAGCGCAAUUCAACGAUUUCCUUUGCCGCCAACCUCGAAGGACUGAAACGCCAUGGAUAAAGAUGGUGCGUUCUUUUAUGAGUGACAAUCACGAGCUAGUCAUGACCCAUGGGGACCUACAUUCAAGAAACAUCAUGGUUCGGUGGGAUUCGCACACGGAGGUGACAAAUGAGAGUGAAAGAUGCAUUCGUAUAACUUCGCUGAUCGAUUGGGAAGUGGCAGGUUGGUACCCAGCGUAUUGGGAGUUCGUGAAAGCGCUAUCUACGGUGCAAAAACGGGGUCCUUUGGCGGACUGGUGUGACUAUUUGCCCACAGAAGCAAUUGGCAGCUGGCCAAAGGAGUUUGCGAUGGAUCUUUUAAUCAGCCGGUGGCUUGGGUGA